AUGAUCAACGAUCUUGAACUGACAUCCUCUAGCACUGACCAUUGGAAAUACGUGGAUGACGUAACAAUAUCGGAGUCCUUAAAGAAAAAUGAAGUUUCAGUCCUACAAUCUGAUCUUAACACAAUUGAAAGAUGGACUGUUAAUAACAACAUGAAAUUGAUCGGAAAGAAAUGCAAACAAAUGAUAGUGACUUUCGUCCGUAGCGAGAAUGACAUCCCCCGGCUCCUCAUUGAUGGUUUACCUCUAGACUUAGAUCCUUCUUCCAAAAUUUUGGGCUUAACCAUGAACAAUAAAUUGAAAUGGCAAGACAACACUGAAGCGUUAGUUAAAAAAGCCUCAAAACGCUUAUACAUUAUUCGUGUCCUACAGCGCUGUGGUCUUCCCCCCAAUGACCUCUUACUAGUCUACUUUUCUAUGGUGCGCUCUAUCUUAGAAUAGGCCUGUCCUGUCUGGCACACCAUGUUACCAAAGUGUUUGGGGGAUAAAAUUGAAAAAGUUCAAAAAAGAGCUUUCCGUAUUAUUUAUCCGACAACAGAUUACGAAGAUGCUCUCAACAUCGCUAAAUGCAAGCUCCUUGUCGACAGACGGCAAGAGCUAUGUGCUAAAACAUUCAAAAAGAUCUUAAAACCCAAUGCUCACCUCAACCACCUCUUACCCCCCACUCCGUGAAGAAUCGCAUGAACUGGACUUAAGGAACAAUUCUAACUUCACAUUAACUAAAUGCAGAACGGAACGUUUUAAAACUAUUUUUAUACCGGCAAUGACUGCUAAUUUUAAUAGUAAAUAAUUUGUAGUAUGUACAUAUAUACGAUAUAUCUAUAUUUAUAUCAUUUGAUAUUCAGCCUUUAUUAUGUUUCUGUAAGCAUAUUGCAAUUCACCUUCGGGUGCCAAAAUGUGUUUCUUAAUAAACCUUUCAUAAUAAUAAUAAUAAUAAUAAAACGUCUCCUCACGCUGAGGACAAGGUUCCUCACGCUGAGAGCCAGCUUCUUCACGCUGAGGAUAAGGGAUCUUCACGUUGAGGACAAGGUUCCUCACGCUGAGAACAAGGUUCCUCACGCUGAGGACAAGGUUCCUCACGCUGAGGACAAGGUUCCUCAAGCUGAGAACAAGGUUCCUAACGUUGAGGACAAGGUUCCUCACGCUGAGGAGAAGGUUCCUCACGCUGAGAACAAGGUUCCUCACGCUGAGGGCAAGGUUCUUCACGCUGAAGACAAGGUUCUUCACGCCGAGGACAAGGUUCCUCACGUUGAGGACAAGGUUCUUCACGCUGAGGAAAAGGUUCCUCACGCUGAGGACAAGGUUCCUCACGCUGAGGACAACGUUCCUCACGCUGAGGAGAAGGUUCCUCACGCUGAGAACAAGGUUCCUCACGCUGAGGGCAAGGUUCUUCACGCUGAAGACAAGGUUCUUCACGCCGAGGACAAGGUUCCUCACGUUGAGGAUAAAGGUUCUUCACGCUGUGGCCAAGGUUCCUCACGCUGAGGACAAGGUUCCUCACGCUGAGGACGAGGUUCCUCACGCUGAGAACAAGGUUCCUCACGCUGAGGGCAAGGUUCUUCACGCUGAAGACAAGGUUCUUCACGCCGAGGACAAGGUUCCUCACUUUGAGGAAAAGGUUCUUCACGCUGUGGCCAAGGUUCCUCACGCUGAGGACAAGGUUCCUCACGCUGAGGACAAGUUUCUUCACGCUGAGGACAAGGUUCCUCACGCUGAGGACAAUGUUCCUCACGCUGAGGACAAGGUUCCUCACGCCGAGGACAAGGUUCCUCACGCUGAGGAGAAGGUUCCUCACGCUGAGAACAAGGUUCCUCACGCUGAGGGCAAGGUUUUUCACGCUGAAGACAAGGUUCUUCACGCCGAGGACAAGGUUCCUCAUGUUGAGGACAAGGUUCUUCACGCUGAGGACAAGGUUCCUCACGCUGAGGACAAGGUUCCUCAUGCUGAGGACUAG